AUGCGCACUAUCGUCUCAUUCGUUCUCCUUUCAAUCCUACCUGCGUUCGAGUGCUUGAACGAGGGAACUGCGGACUUGGCUUUUACCGAUUUCCAGCAUAAGUUCGGUAAAAAAUACGAGUCUAAGGAGGAAGAAAUGAAAAGGAAUGCCAUCUUCCAAGCCAAUCUCCAUCACAUCGAGCAAGUCAACGCUCAGAAUCUGUCUUACACGCUGGGUGUCAACGAGUAUGCGGACCUCACACACGAGGAGUUCGUCGCCCAGAAGGUCGGUAUUUUAAAGAUGGAUGCGAGGAGGGAUGUUAAGUUUGAUGUUGAAGGGUGUAUUAACCCCGAUUAA